AUGUGGGAUAUAAUUUCACCUUUUUUUAAAGAAAUUCAUGAGGAUCUUACUGAAGAAUUAAAAUAUCAAAAACUUAAACACGAAAUUAAAGAUGUUAGUGAACUUAUUGAAAGACUUGCCUCAAAAGCUAAACUUGACCCAUUAAGUGUAGACUUUUCAAAACACCUGGAUGAAAAUGAUCGUUUAAAAAGUCUUAGAGAAGAAUUUAACAUUCCCAAAGCUGGAGAUAUUGUAACUGAUGGUGUCGAAGCUAUAAGUCCUGGAGAAAAAUCAGUUUAUUUUUGUGGAAAUUCUCUCGGAUUAAUGCCAAAAUGUGCUAGAGAACUUCUAAGUCAAGAACUUGACGUAUGGGCUUCUACUGGAGUAGCUGGUCAUUUCCAACAUAAAUUCAAUCGACCUUGGGUAUCUAUUGAUGAUAAUGUGGUGGAAGGAAUUGCCGAAAUUGUUGGAGCAAAACCUAUCGAAAUAGCCACUAUGAAUACUCUCACCUCCAACCUUCAUUUACUUAUGGCUUCUUUUUAUACUCCAAACAAAAUUAAUCCACCACCAGGAGAAUUUAACGAAAGAUUAGAAGAUAUUUUAAAUAUUAUUGAAAAGGAAGGCAAUAAAAUUGCUUUAGUACUUUUCAGUGGAGUACAUUAUUAUUCUGGACAAUUCUAUAAAAUCAAAAAGAUCACUACAGCUGCCAAGGCAAAGGGUUGUGUUGUUGGUUUCGAUCUUUCCCAUGCAGUAGGAAAUGUAGUUUUGAAACUUCAUAAAUGGAAAGUUGAUUUUGCAACUUGGUGUACAUAUAAAUAUUUAAAUUCUGGUCCUGGAGGUAUUGCUGGUAUUUUCAUUCAUGAGAAACACGCUAAUGAUUUUAAUCGACCAAGAUUUGCAGGAUGGUGGGGUUCUGAUAGGAAAUCAAGAUUUCAAAUGGAUAAACCUUUUCAACCUAUUCCUGGUGCAAAAGGAUUUCAAGUAUCAAAUCCUUCAGUAUUAAAUACAGUUUCACUUCUUGCAAGUCUUAAAGUAUUUGAUAAAACUAGUAUGGUUCAACUUCGAUCAAAAUCUAUUUUGCUUACUGGAUACUUGGAAUAUCUUUUGGAUAAACAACUUAAUAGUUUGGGAUAUAAAAUAAUUACUCCUCGGGAUCCUCAUCAACGUGGAUGUCAACUUUCUUUAUUAGUUGAUGAAAAUAAAGUUGAACAAGUUAGUAAAGGAUUAAUGAAAUAUGGUAUAGUUAUUGAUGUGAGAAGUUCUAGUGUUAUUAGAAUUGCUCCAAAUCCUAUGUAUAAUACUUUUUCUGAAGUAUUUAGGUUUGUUAAGGCAUUGAAACUUAUCAUGAGUGAUUUAGGUAUUAGUUUUUCUGUUUCUAAAGAAAAAUCUGAAACCAAAAGUUUAAUGUAUUACAUCCAUAGACACAUGGAUAGUAGUUUGGUGAUAGCUUACUUGAAGGUACCAAUCAGUUUUGAAACAUGA